UCACUUUUGCCUAAUUGUGUAUCUUUGCUAGAAAUCAUUCUAGAUAAUUCAAUUAUUUAUACACAUAAUACAUAAAGCUACAGGAACAAUAAGAUGGUAUUGUCAGAAAAUGCAAUGGAUGACGUUGAACUUUCUUCCGACGAUUCUUCAAAUGAGGAAACAGAUCAGAAGGCGAAGAAAAGGAGACACAGAAAACUUCUAAAAGACAUCGGUGUUACCAUUGGAAAGAAAAGGAAGUCGACUAGGAACGAGCCCGGUAAAGAAGUUUCAGAAUAUGGCUGGUCAAAUAGUCACGAUGCAAAUAAGUUGGAACUUCAUGAGUUGGUUGGUUCGCUUUCAUCAACUGCGCAACCUAUUGCGAAAAUCAAAAAGAAACUGCGAAAAAUGGAAAACACGACAAAAGUAUUGGAGAAGCCACUUUCUAAACCAGAAACACAAAGGGUUGAGAGAACUGUGGCGUAUAAAGAUACUGCGAGGGAAUUAGAAAAGUGGAAUCCAAUCAUCCAGAAAAACAGAGAGGCCGAACAACUUGUGUUUCCAUUAAAUCAGUACAAACCACCGCCUGUGUCAACAAAAACAUUGGUAACGAAUUUCAAGCCACAAAACGAUCUUGAACGUGAAAUCAGUGCUGUGUUGCAAGGUAGUAAACAUUUGUUGGAACGAAAAGAUAAAGAGCUGACAGAAGAUGAAGAGAAGGCGUUGAAAGCAUUUGAUCUACAAGACGCGCUAGAAAGAAGAAAAGAACUGCAAAAAACAAGAGCUUUGCAAUCUUACUAUGAAGCGAAAUGUAGAAGAAUGAAGAAGAUUAAAAGUAAAAAAUACCAUCGUAUUCUGAAGAAAGAGCAACAAAAGGUUAUGGAAAAAGUAGACUUGGAAACUUUGUCCAAAGAAAACCCAGAAUUAUUUCAAUCUGAACUCGAAAAAGCUGAAAAGUUGAGAGCUUUGGAAAGAGCAAAUCUGAGACAUCGCAACACAUCGAAAUGGGCAAAGAAUUUGAUAACGAAAGGGCGUAAAACGAAACAGGAACAAGAGGUUGUGCGCGAGCAACUACGUCUUAGCCGACAACUUACCGAGCAUAAAACGAUAGACGAUAAUGAUAGCGAAGGUUCCGACAACGAAGGCACGGCAGAGAACAAUACGACGUCGGAAAUAAACCUGUUGACAAACAAACUAGGGGAAGACAAUCCAUGGCUGCUUGGAAGUAGCAAACAGAAUCAAGAUAACGAAGAAGAAAAAGUAGAAAGCACAACAAAAUACAAAAAGUUAAAUGCAGUCGUGACAAAAGAAUCAAAACAAUUUCAGGAAGAACAGUCUGAGGAGGAGGAUAAAAGCUCUGGGGAGGAGUGGGACAAAACAGAAGACGAGCAACCAAAGAAAAAGAAAACAGUUAGGAAAAAGAAGAAGAAGAAAAACACUAGUUCUAAAAAUACUCAAGACUCAGAUGAUGUCAUUGAAUUUUUAACUGAAGAGAGUAAAGUUAAAACGAAAUUACGUGAAAAACAAACAAACAAAAGACCUACGAAGGAGGCUGAUACGUUGCGAUUUUUACGACAGGAUAAAGACGUGAUCGAACUUAACACGCAGGAGGAGAGCAGCGACGACGACGACAUUGUGUAUGAUACCGAGCAAAGGAUGAACAUUCGGGAAGCGUUCGCCAAUGAUGACGUCAUCGGCGAUUUUGUUCAAGAAAAGAGCGAUUUAGUGGAAAGUUCGAAACCUAAACCUGCUGAUUUAACUUUACCUGGUUGGGGAGAGUGGGCGGGAGCUGGUCUCGUCGUGUCCAGUAAGAAGAAGAAGAAAUUUACCAAGCCUUCUGGACCGGCGCCUAAAAGAAAAGACGACACGAUGUCAAAUGUUAUAAUUAACGAAACACGAAAUGAAAAGUUAGCUCGACAUCAGGUAUCGGAAGUUCCGUUUCCCUAUUCUAAUAAAACUGAGUUUGAACGAAGUAUACGGCAACCGAUUGGAGAGCAUUGGAACACUCCGUCAGUAUAUGGUAAACUAACAGAACCUCGUAUUCGUACAACGCCUGGUACUGUUAUAGAUCCUCUCAAGCCAGGGCGUAAAUUGAAAAAGAAGCUAAAGAAACAUUAAUUUGAAAAAUUAUUAUGUUCUAAUGUUCCAACAAAA